GCCUGAGGGGAAGCCUGUCGAUGUGGUAUUUGUACCCCUUCUCCUCACCCUGUAUUCCGGGCGUACUUAUCACUGUUGCCACCGGAUGUUCGUCUACAUAUAUAACUUAUGGUCACCCUCUGCCGUGUAACCUCCACAACACUCUACUGCCUGCCGUACAUCCAUGUAUUACUACUACUCUUCAAUCAAGGACCAGCACGUCUCGCUUGGGAACUACAGAGCAACCGUCCCGGAUCUAAGGAGAAACAUACGCUCCACCGGUAUUUUAAGUUGCACGGCGUGUGCCGCCUAGGCAAAUCACAUACCAUCUCGGCUCGUACCGAAGGGUGGUGCCAGCAGGACGCCAAUCCCGUGUCAGAAUCGAGACCCUUUACGUCUUGACCGAGUCUGGCCGCCACAGGCAGAAAAGCCUUUCUUCGGAUAUCUAAGCGAGAAAGACAUGCAGACAUAGACUUCGGUGGGCGUUCGACUACGCAAGCCGAGGCGGGAAAUCAGGCCCAGAGA